AUGCGGGAUUUACUUCAACGCGAAGUUCCAGAAUGUUAUAUUCAUUCUCGCGCAUGCAACGCGUUUACAUGUGUUUCAAGUUUCUGGGAUAGAUUUUUCGAAGGGAAAGCCUGGUCUGAUCAGACAAAGCGUAUUUGGGAGAGCUAUGAAAAUUAUAAAAAUGAAACUAACCCCAAAAAUUUCCCUCUUAACUUGGCUGAGCAAGGACUUUUAGAGGUUCCAUCGCUACCAUCAGGGCAAUUUCCCACCCUCAUUAGAAAAGAGAAUGAUCUCCCACUGCGUGGAAAAAUAUCUCUUUCAUCAAACAUAAGAGGAAGAAAAACUAGGUUUAUCCAGCUGGCUACUUAUGUUCGGGAAAUAUUCAAUCAGCAACCAGUGCGGCGAUUUGUGCACGGGUUCUGCGUGUUCGACAAGGUUAUUGAGUUCUGGCUGAUUGAUCGAACUGGUGCAUACAGCUCGGGCUUUAUAAGUAUCAAAAAUGAUGAGCAAGUUUUGGUCCGUGCCAUCUGCUCAUAUUUACUGAUGAGUGACGAAGAAGUGGGUCUCGAUACAACAAUUCGCGAAGUUGAUGGACAGCCCAUGAUUACAAUUGAUGAUGGUGAGCCUGGUCAGACCAGGGAGAUUGAGAUCAACCCUAAACCAAUCAUCCGGCCAGAAAAACUGAUAUCAUGUGGCACCACCUGUUACCGCUCAGUUGACGAGAAAUUUCUGGUCAAAUAUUCGUGGCACAGGGUUCACGGGAAGUCCGAAAUUGAUUUACUAAAAGAAGCUCUCCAGGUCAGGGGUGUAAUCAAUCUGGUGGCAUCAGAAAUAAUUCACAAGCGGAGUGAUGUUUGGGAAGAUUUGUCAGCUUUCAUUCCUAAAGAAUGGCUCCAGAUGGAACACGAGAAAACGUCAAAAGACUCUGGAGAAGAGGAAACGGAUGGAUACGGGGCAUUGGAUGAAUAUGAAAUGACUAGAGCUGUUCUAUCACCAUACGGACGUCCUCUUAAUUCUUGUAAAUCGGUAUUGCAAUUCCUUAUUAUCAUACGAGAUGCACUUAUGGGGCACCGUGGCUUAUUUAACAAGAAAAUUAUUCAUAGCGAUAUUUCCGAGGAUAACAUCAUUAUAGUAACACCAACAGAGGAUGAUAGAUCAAGAGGGAUGUUAAUAGACUUGGAUCUUUCAAUCUCGGACUACGAUACUUGUAAGACGAGCAUACGUGAAUAUCCCAUGUUCACAAUCAAGUUUAUGGCUAUUGAACCGUUGAAAAUAGCCGCGAAAAAUAGAACUGAGCGUGACUCUAAUUUUAAUUCGACUUAUCUUCAUGACUUGGAAUCAUUCUUUUACGUUUUCAUAACUGGUUGCGUCGAAUACGGACGUGACCGUAGUAUUCCAUUUCACAAUUUAGAUUCGUGGUGCACAGAGAACAUGGAUGAUAACCUUAAAAACAAGCUUGAUAAAAUCGAAUCGAAUUUCAAAAGUUUUAUCAACUUCAAGUUCUCAAGCAGUUUUGUUGAUGUCAAGAACUUGGCUUUAGAGCUGCACAGGCUAUUGUUUGGAAAUACUAGAUAUUGUCACGAAUACUCCCGCGACUCAAAUUUGAUGUACACGAGAAUGAUGAUGGCAUUUAAUAGAACCAUUGGACAGAUUGAAGCCGGAAAAAUCCCGAACAGAAUGUGGAAGAUUGAAACAGAUUAA